UUGGUGUCCUUUUGGUGCCUGACAAGACCGCGCUAAGCCACCUCUGCCGCUUUCUAGGAUGCCGUUUUUGCGCUACACAUCAUCAACACAUUGCUUUUCCACAGCACAGCUUUGCAAGCUUCAUAAGCGCAUUUCCCCGUAUUCGGACACAAGAUAUCGAAUCUUUGGUGUACAAAAAUCCCCGCAUAGCCGCGACACGCGAUUCAACAAGCCCUCUUGACGGCAUCACCAUCAAUACCCCUUGUGUAUUUGCUACACGCGACAGAACCAAUACAACCGCCAAGCAAUCAGUUGAACAGCUACAAGACACGCGCAACCAUGGCGUUCAUCACUGCAAACACCCUCAUCACCUCCAUCUCUCUCUUCCACAUCACCAUCGCCUACUUCCUCAUCACCAACCCCCGCACCAUUAGCGACCAGGUGUUUGUCUACAUUCUUGGCGAGAGCAUGACCAUGCCUCCUGUCCGCGAUUUCGACACACCCAGCCCGUCUCUGUCCUUCCUCGCCGUCUUCCUUGCCUUCUGCGGCCUCUCCGACUUGGUCUCGCUCUCCAUGCCCGAGGAGCUCGGUGCUCUCUACUACUGGGGCACACAGGCUCCCUUCCGCUGCUUCUUGUCCUUUCUAUCCGUCACGUUUUCGUACCUCUUCAGCCCAUUCUCGCCCCUCAUGACCAUGAGCCGAACAUCGCGCAACCCGGCAUAUACUUUUAAGCACGGCGCUUCAUCUGGCCUUGACGGCCUCAAGAACCGCGUCUUCUUCACCUUUAUGUUCAUCGAGAUGAUUACUUGGUUUUGGAUCUGGAUUACCUUGCGCGAGGAGCGUGCUGGUGUAGUGGAUAGACUCCGCAAGAAGCAAAGCCGCGAACAGCACUAAUGGUCCUAAUCCAUUCGUUGUCUACUCUGAAUGAUUUUUUAAUGACAGCAUGUUGAUACCCAAAUAUAAAUUAAGCAAAUGAAAAUGAGCAUCAU